UCUCUCUCUCUACUCAGCUCUGUCACGCUUGUUCUCUCUCUUUCACUUGUUCUGCCUAUUCUCUCGCUCUUGUUCUCUUCAUUCUCUUUCUCUCUGUUGCCAUCUUUGUCAUAAAACCCUUGUUAGGGUUUGAAUACCUUUCUUGCAAUCUCUCUCAUUUUUCUCCCCCAACCUCCUUCUCUCUUCUCAACUGCAUUAUCUUUCUCAGGACUCUCAAGCUGUAACGUGUCUCAAUUGCUGCUCUCUCUCUCGUCAUCAUUUUACCCAGAAUAAGAGCGAAGCUUAUCUCUCUCGGCUGUACCCCGUCUCUCUCUCAUAGGUUAACACGAUACUUCCAUGCCGGAUCCCUGCUCCUAGUAGACCCCGUAGAAGAUAUCUCAAAUCCGAAAAAUGAGACUCAAAUAAAGUUUACAAACUGACAAUUUUUGUCCCAAUCUCUGCUUUUCGAUGUUUGUGACCUCAAUCGAGCUGCUAAUCACCUCAAAAGUCUUCUAAUACCUCCAAUAGCACCGAAAAAAUAAUUCUAGUGAGAAGAAAAGUUUAGGAAGCUUCUUCAUCCACAAAAAAUGCUUUUGAUUUCAGAAAUAGGUAUAGCUAAGAGAUUUAGGGCUUAUGGAAGUGUUCUUUUAACUUAAGGGGGUUGCAAAUAACGACCAUGAUCCAUUUAAAUUUUUUUGGGGGUCAAAAUUACCCCUUUGCCCUUUUAGGCAUCUUUAUAAAUUAUAAAAAGGCCUAUGACCUCGGCUCUCGCCCAGAAUUGGGCGCUGGGCGGCCGCCCAGGUACAACCACCAAUAAUGGGCCACCUAGGUCUAGGCUUUUGGUCUGAGGUCUCUUGGGUGCCUAGGUGGGUGCCUUGGCACUGGGCUGACCAUUUUUUAGAACACUACCUCUAGAGAUCGCCACAUCCCCCUUGGUCUCCCUCUUUUUUCUAGAGGAUGACACAUGCCCCUUGACCUCUGACCCCAAGCUGCCAUCUUCUCUCUCUCCCCCCUUUGCCACCCCCUUCACUCAUCCCAUCCACGUGGCACCCCGUCCCUCCUCUUGCCAUGUUACGCCCCUCUCUUCCCCCCCCCUUGUCGCCCUUCUCUCAGCCCCAUCGCAGCUUUUCCUCCUUGUUUAUAACUCCCCUCAACAUGUCAUACUUGGCUCCUCCUACUCUUUCGUUUGCCCGGUGCUACUCAGCUUCGUCACAGCCCUCCAUCAUUCUAGCGCUCAUCCUGAGGAACCUGACCAGCCUCCUCCUUGUCCCCCCUUCCUUGGUCCCUCUCCCACCUCUUGCCAUCCUCUGUCCUUUCCCUUGCCUCCUUCCACCCUUCGCCUCUCCCCCACUCAGUGGCCUUCUCCUCUAGCCACCCUUCCUAACCCUAAUCCUGCCAUAGAUGGCCUCCCUUCAGCCCCUCUGCUCUUCUCCCAACCCCCUCUUCCCCUUGGCCAUAUUGCACUUUCUACCCCGACGGAGCUUCUCCCCGCAUCUCCUUCUUUUUCCGGCCCACUAUCAACAAGUGAUGACUAUCAUUCAAGGCCUGCCCCUUGUCCAGUGGUGCUUCACUCCAUUGCAACCUGCUGACCCUAGUCACCUCCUCAGCAAUGCCUCCAUCUUCUCAAGUGGCAACACCCAUUCAGAACCCAGCUCACCUGGCAAUCUCUCAGGGUCGUCUUCACCCUGCCCUUCUCCAUGGUAGGCUCCCCAAACCUCGUCAGAGCCAACCUCUUCUCUCACAUCCAAACUCCAGCAUUUCCUCUAGUGUCCUGACACCCCCCCCUCUCCCGUCUUCGCCCCAGCCCCUGCUCCCUCCUCCUUCCCCCAGUCUGUGCCCUCCUCCUUUUCAUAUCCCCUACUUCCCUCUGCCCCCGCCCUCUUUACCCCCAAUCUACAUACCCUAGUCCGUCUCCCCUUGGGGCUUCUUCCUUUUGCCCCCUAUUCCCUUCCCUUUGCCCCCUUCUUCCCUCCUCCUCAACACUCCACCCAUCUCUCCAUCUUUCCCCUGCCCACCACCCCCCCCUCUUGCCCGGCCAUGUGAUUCUCCCUAUCCCUCUCCCGUGGACCCUCCACUCCCGGCUUCUUCAGCGGACCCCUCCCCCUUUCCUUCAAUCCCUCUUCUGGGAUCUUUCAUUCCCUUUCGUCAUUUGGUGCCCCACUCCGCUCCCUUCCCUCACUUCGGCUCCACCCUGCAAGAACCCACCUCAAGCCCCUUCCUCAGAGUAGCAUUCCUCUUCUCUGGCGUUGGCGGAUUACAGAUUCAUUGACUACAUGGACCAAGCUCAAGGCAACAUUAUCCAAAGUCUUGAAAGUGAUGGGGUUCCAUUUCGAUAGUCCACAAGAAGCCCUACUAGCUUUCUUCAAGCCGGAUGCUCACUCCAGACCCAAGGUUAAUUGUAGAGGCUGCAGAGAGAUCUCAAACCUAGCUUUUGGAAUCAACUAUGAUCGGCAUGCCCUUCCCCCUCCCUCUACUGCUUCUCCGGAGGCCCCUGCACUUUUGGAGGCACCCUCCAUGAGACGCUCGUCAAGGCACGUCACCCCCCUACCCACACUCAUGUUGAUUCUCUCCUGGAGUGUUCGGGACCUCAGGCAUCCAACCAAGCACCAUGCAGUGCGCGACAUUUAUCGCCCGUCAUUCCCCUUCCCCAACUGCCCUCAUUGAAACAAAGCUCCCCUCACCCACGUUCAGUCUGUCUAGCAGAGGUCCCACUAAAUCUCACAUAACUCUCUCAGGAAAUUACUCUGCCAAGAGGUUGGAGUUUUACAGAGGCUAAAUUGAAUACUAAAAUGGUGGGGAGCAAUGAGAAAAAUCCAGAUGAGAAUCCAAUGCCAGAUGUUGAUUCCUUGGUCAAGAAAUGGCAAGACGCGCACUCCCUAGGCAAGCGGCACCGGUUCUGGGAGACCCAACCAGUCGGGCAAUUCAAAGAUCUCGGUGACCCCACCCUCCCUGAAGGCCCUAUUGAAGCCCCCACCCCAUUAGAAGAGGUGCGCCAGGAGCCCUACAAUCUCCCUUCCCAGUACGAAUGGUCCACCUGUGACAUAAACUCUGAAGAGACAUGCACUGAGAUAUACAACCUCCUCACCAACAACUAUGUUGAGGACGACGAGAACAUGUUUCGGUUCAACUACUCCAAGGAGUUUUUGUUUUGGGCCCUCCGCCCCCCUGGUUACUUCUCAAGCUGGCAUAUUGGCGUUCGUGUCAAGGGGACUCGCAAGCUUGUGGCCUUCAUAACUGGCAUCCCUGCUAGGAUUCGUGUUCGAAACCAGAUUGUUCAGAUGGCUGAAAUUAAUUUUCUUUGUGUUCAUAAGAAGCUAAGGACUAAGAGGCUUGCACCAGUCAUGAUCAAGGAAGUUACGAGGAGAGUUCACCUGGAGAACAUAUGGCAGGCUGCUUAUACAGCUGGAGUGGUGCUACCUACGCCAGUUUGCACCUGCCAAUAUUGGCACCGGUCUCUGAACCCUAAGAAGUUAAUCGAAGUUGGGUUUUCAAGACUUGGGGCAAGGAUGACGAUGAGCCGAACCAUAAAGUUAUAUAAGCUUCCUGAGAGCACGGUGACCGUAGGUUUCAGGGCCAUGGAGUUGAGGGAUAUCCCAGCUGUUACCCGGCUCCUUCGUGACUAUUUGGCUCAGUUUGUUGUGGCACCAGAUUUUGAUGAAGAUGAUGUUGGGCAUUGGCUACUUCCGAAGGAGAAUGUAAUUAGUAGCUAUUUGGUAGAGAACCCUGAGACCCAUGAGAUCACUGACUUUUGCAGCUUCUACACUCUCCCUUCUUCGAUACUUGGCAAACAGAAUUACUCGACACUGAAAGCUGCUUACUCAUACUACAAUGUGGUUACCCAGACUCCUUUGCUCCAGCUGAUGAAUGAUGCUCUCAUUGUGGCCAAACAGAAGGAUUACGAUGUGUUCAAUGCAUUGGAUGUCAUGCAUAACGAAUCAUUCUUGAAGGAGCUGAAAUUUGGGCCCGGUGACGGUCAGCUCCAUUAUUAUCUUUACAACUAUCGCGUACGACAAGCUUUGAAGCCAUCUGAACUAGGACUUGUGCUAUUGUAGUUAGUUGUACCAGGCAAAGUAUUUAUGCUUAUCUCCAUUGAGAGGACCAGGGAUACGAUUCCUGCAUGUCAGUUGUUUGAUGUAGGUAUUUGUGGACUGCGGUUCAUUGGCGUGAUUAUCAAUGGUCAUCUGGCAGUUUGAUCCUAUUCUGUGUGAGGGGGGACUUUUAGAUGUGCUUUACUUAUCUUUAGCCUUUCUUGAGGCAAUGGCGGGAUAUUUCAAUACUCCUAAGUGUGCAUAGUUCUUCUAUAUGAGCAUGCAAAAUCAAAAAGUUUUUCUUUGGUGUUGCUCUUAUCCAUAUUAAUGAUGUUACAUCUUCCAUCAUCCAGCAUUUCA